AAAAGCUAUGCUACUCUGUAGUUCCAGUUAGACAAUCAUUCGUCGGACAACCAACGUCCGUCUACGGAAUACCACGACCAGUUUCAGUAUCGGCCGACACCAGUCGAUUCAAUUUGCCAAAUAGAAAACUUGGUCUCCGGAGUUCAUUCCACAGGAACGCCGAUAUCAGCUUUCUUCGGUGCACAUAUUCGAGAAAGGUCGCAACGCUACAUCUUGAAGUAGGAACCUCGUUUAACUCUUUAAUUGACGAUUAAUAUGAGCUAAUUAAAUUGGAGUUUAAUUGACAAUUAAUUUCAACAAAUUCUACUAAAGACGAUUGAUCAUGUGGAAAGUAAUCACAAUAUUCUUCCUGAUAACCUCCAAAUUGGGCGAAUUGUUCAUGGAUGCAAAAGAAAAUAUUGAGCGAUUAACUGAUGACAUCAAGGAAUUAAAUGAAACAUCAAAUAAUUUUAUCUCAGACCAUUUCAUAUAUGACACAUACAACUACUACAGUGACUACGAUUACGAUUACGAUAAUUACGAUGACUACGAUUACGAUGACUACGAUUACAAUGACUACGAUUACGAUGACUACGAUUAUCAUGAUGUCUACAAUUACGAUAAUUACGAUUACAAUGAGUAUAAUUAUGAUAAUUACAAGAAUACCAUGACUUCAAGCUUUUUCAAAAUUCACGAUGAAGAAAAGAUCGCGGUUGAGAAGUUCCUGAAAGCAAAAGAGAAAAAUAAAGAACAUCCGGAUAUUUUAGAAACCUUGCGGUUAACAAAGUUUAAAAAGAUACAUCUUGAGAUAAAAAGAAUGUUAUUAAUGAUGGACGAUAUUAUAAAAAAGGAGACUCCGAAAAUGUUAAAGAAGUACUAUUAUCUCAUACCAGAAUUUUUAGAGGAAUAUUUCUUAAUAUUUUACUUAAUUGUAUAUAUAUUAGGACUAAUCAUAGGAAUCAUGUUUGCCUAUCUUCUUUAAAUAAGAUUAAAUAAAUCAUCUUUAAUUGGCCUUAAUAAAAAUGGAAGAAACAAAAAAAGAAAGCUGUAUUAAAAGGGGAAGCAUGAUAACAGAAAAAAAGAGAA